CCAUGUCUCUACUCUGCCAUAACAAAGGCUGUGGGCAGCACUUUGACCCCAAUACAAAUCUUCCUGAUUCCUGUUGCCAUCACACUGGGAUCCCAAUCUUCCAUGAUGCACUUAAGGGUUGGUCCUGUUGCCGGAAGCGAACUGUAGAUUUCUCUGAGUUCUUAAACAUCAAGGGCUGUACUGUGGGACCACACUGUGCUGAGAAGCUCCCUGAAGCCCCUCAACCUGAGGGCCCUGGCACAAGCAGUUCAUUUCAGGAGCAAAAACUGACUACGAUUCCAAAGUCAGCAGAGACUUUGCGCCGGGAGAGGCCCAAGUCAGAGUUGCCUCCAAAGCUGCUUCCACUAAAUAUAUCCCAAGCCCUGGAAAUGGCAUUGGAAAAAAAGGAAUUAGACCAGGAAUCUGGAGCAGGACUUGACAGUAGUCUGAUCCAGACUGGUUCCAGCUGCCAGAACCCAGGAUGUGACGCUGUUUACCAAGACCCUGAGAGUGAUGCUACUCCAUGUACCUACCACCCAGGAGCACCUCGAUUCCAUGAGGGGAUGAAGUCGUGGAGCUGUUGUGGCAUCCAGACCCUGGAUUUUGGGGCCUUCCUGGCACAGCCAGGAUGCAGAGUUGGUAGACAUGACUGGGGGAAGCAGCUACCAGCAUCUUGCCGUCACGAUUGGCACCAGACAGAUUCCUUAGUAGUGGUGACUGUGUAUGGCCAGAUUCCACUUCCUGCAUUCAACUGGGUGAAGGCCAGUCAAACUGAGCUUCAUGUCCACAUUGUUUUUGAUGGUAACCGUGUGUUCCAAGCACAGAUGAAGCUCUGGGGGGUCAUAAACGUGGAGCUGAGCUCUGUCUCCUUGAUGCCAUCUCGGGUUGAAAUCUCCCUGGUGAAGGCUGACCCAGGAUCCUGGGCCCAGCUGGAGCACCCUGAUGCACUAGCUGAGAAGGCUAAGGCAGGGGUUGGGUUAGAGAUGGAUGAGGAAGAAUCUGAGGACUCAGAUGAUCUGAGCUGGACAGAGGAGGAGGACGAGGAGGAAGCAAUGGGGGAAUAGUGACACCAAACAAUCAAGGAUCUAGACAGGACCUCAAUAAAUUUCAUAGGAUCUCAGAGACCAGGAUAUGGUUGGCCAUGUGAUAUUGAGCAGCAGGAGGCUGAAGGAGGGGAGAACAAAAACAUCCAAACCAUGCUGUUUUUUCUCUUAAAUA